GCAGCUAUCUACCCAGACGUCAUGUCCUCCCGGCCAAUCAGAAUCAUUUCAACCGGAACUGGAAAAAUGAGCAGCUUCAAUGAGGGACCACAGAUGCCUUUACUUACCUCAAAUUGUCAUUAAACAUUUCUAUAACCAAGAUGACAUCAUCGGAAGGAUGCCACAACCUCCCCCGCUUUUAAAUUCAUUACUACUACUAGUUUCCAUUGACCACACAGGCCUAUGCUCUGCUCACCAUAUAAUAAAGUAAAACUUUCACAAAGAGGGAUGAACCUGCACAGCUCCAGAGCAUCAGAGUGUGCAGAGUGCGACAUGGGCUCUACCGUGGACCUCAUCAGCAGCUGUUCCCACUUACACUCCAGUGGUCCUGGAUCUCCAUCCCACGAAACCUGGGAUGGAGGAAGACUUCCAAAAAUCCAAGUGCUGCCUGAGGCUCCUCAUGGAGAAAAGACAAAAAUGAAGUCACUCUUCAUCAGCGUGAUGAAAAUUCCACUCCUCUUUUUCCUCCUCUACUGCUUCGUCUGCUCCCUCGACACCCUGAGCUCGGCCUUUCAGCUGGCUGGUGGUAAGGUGGCAGGAAAUAUCUUCCAGGACAACGCCAUUCUGUCGAAUCCCGUGGCUGGGCUGGUGGUUGGAAUUCUGGUCACUGUGCUGGUUCAGAGUUCCAGCACGUCCACAUCCAUCAUCGUCAGCCUCGUCUCCUCUGGACUGUUGGAAGUGAAGUCUGCUGUUCCCAUAAUCAUGGGCUCAAACAUCGGCACAUCCGUCACCAACACCAUUGUAGCUCUGAUGCAGGCUGGAGAGAGGAGCGAAUUUAAGCGGGCAUUUGCCGGUGCUACCAUCCAUGACUGUUUUAACUGGCUGUCAGUGUUGGUGCUGCUACCUCUUGAGGUGGCCACUGGACUGCUCAGCUUUCUGGCCCAAGCUGUGGUCAGCAGCUUCCAACUGCAGAGCGGAGAGGAAGCCCCAGAGCUGCUGAAGGUCAUCACUGACCCUGUCACGAAACUCAUCAUACAGCUGGAUAAAUCUGUGAUAACGGGCAUCGCUUUGGGAGCUGAGCACAUGAGGAAUCGCAGUCUGGUGAAAGUGUGGUGCGGGAGCAGCAUUUACACGCCAUCGGCAAAUGAUUCUCUGAAUUGUUCCUCCGUGUUUGAUUGCAAGACGGCCCUCACCUCUCAAGGCACUGCAGAGAGAUGCCAUCAUCUGUUUGCAAACACAAACCUGUCAGACUUGUCUGUGGGUUUGAUUCUGCUGGCUGUCUCUCUGCUGGUGCUGUGCUCUUGUCUCAUCCUCAUCGUUAAAGUCCUCAACUCGGUCCUUAAAGGACAAGUGGCCAAGAUUAUUCAAGUCAUCAUCAACACAGACUUCCCUUAUCCUUUCAGCUGGCUGGCGGGAUAUGUGGCUAUGUUGGUCGGAGCAGGAAUGACUUUCUUAGUUCAGAGCAGCUCAGUGUUCACCUCUGCUAUGACACCUCUCAUUGGGCUUGGAGUAAUCACUCUGGAGAGGGCGUACCCUUUGACUUUGGGCUCCAACAUCGGCACAACCACCACAGCCAUCCUUGCUGCUCUGGCCAGCCCAGGAGACAAACUGCCUGCUGCCUGUCAGAUCGCACUGUGCCACUUCUUCUUCAAUGCAUUUGGGAUCUUGUUGUGGUAUCCGCUGCCCUUCAGCCGAUUGCCCAUCCGCAUGGCAGCUGCACUGGGUGAGCGCACAGCUAAGUACCGCUGGUUCGCUGUGCUCUACCUGUUGCUGUGCUUUCUGCUGCUGCCCUCGCUCGUCUUCGGCCUCUCUCUGGCCGGCUGGCAGGCCAUGGUGGGUGUGGGGGCACCUUUUGCCGGAGUCGCAACCUUUAUAGUCCUUGUAAACCUGCUGCAGUCUCAUAGCCCUGCCCACCUGCCCAAAAAACUGCGCAGCUGGGAUUUCCUGCCACACUGGAUGCAUUCCCUCAAACCCCUGGACAAGCUCAUUACCAAUGCAACAGCCAUGUGCUGCAGCCCUGCCCGGUCCACCACAGCGGCCACUGUUGACCCUGAAGCCCCUGGUAGCCCUGAUACCACCAAUGUAAAGUCAGCGUCAGUGAUGUUCCAGGGAAAAGUUCAACUAGCAUUCGACAACCCUGCACUGUCCUACAAGGACGAGUCACCUCCACAGCCACGGGUCUUCAAGCUGAAGGGGCUAGAACGCUGCAAUAGCACACCCUUGUAGACAUGAACUGACCACUCUACGUGCCUCUCAGGGUCCACAGGAAUUAACCCUUGACAUAUUUUAGACUUUCUGAAUUGGACCUUAAUUUUAAAGGGCCCAUAUCUUACUUUGUAUAUGUUAUUUUUCCUGAUAUUUAUGUGGAUUUAUGUACCUAAAUCAGUCAUAGUCCAUUGUUACAUGACCAUUUUCCAAUUAAAGUGUUUUUUUUUUGUUACUGUUCCUUUAAGACUGACAUAUGCAAAUGACCCCUGUUCUGAUUGGCUGCCCUGUAUUGUGCCUCAUUGAAAAAGCACUCAGAGCUGAAAUGUUCCUUAUAAUGUGAGUGGGAGGAUUUCCAUAUAUAUGGAUCACAGAGACUGAGGAGUUCAAAUGUUAAACUUUAUGAAUGUUUACAUGCUACAGCAAACUCCAUCAUAUGGGUCCUUUUAGACUAUAUUAGCACCAUCUUGGGUACAUUUUCAAUUGGAUACUUUGUUAAUAUUUAUAUUUUAGACUUCAUUUACAUUUAUACACUUUUUUUAGGUUUAGCUUUUCUAAUUUAUGCAAUUUUGCUAUGUGUAACAAUACACAAGUGUGAUUCCUUAGCUUGGGCAUUGACUUAUUUCAGGCUGCUUCCAAGAGAAGUCGGGAUUUCAUAUAAUCCAUGGGAUUUGCCAUCGAUGUUGAUAUAAAAUGGGAAUUCUGUUUUUUUUUUUUUAAAUCUCUACAUACUGUAAUUCAGUCAUGAAGGUUCUAGUUUGAUGUGAAAUAGUUAAAGGUAGAGGAACCUAGGUGUUGCUAUGUCUACAACACAAAUAUAGCAUACAUAAUUUUUGUAUGUAAUGUUGAUAAUGGUAAAAUAGUAAUAAAUAGGAAAAAUCUUUUUUUUCUGUUUUGCUUUAUACUUCCAUGAAAGUGCUAUUAAAUACCUAAAGGUUUUAGGCCAAAAUCUUCUAUCAAAACUCUUAUAAAACUCUUAAAAAAGUCUCAAACAUCAAGCAAUGUAUUUUUGUGUAACAGCUUACUGUGUUAAGUGGUUUCAGAUUUGUUAAUUCCUUCAGUUGUCUGGUUCACCACCACUGUCAACAAUUAUGACACACCAAGCUCCUCUAGAACGCAGCACUUGGAAUGACUGUACCAUUAACCACCAUUUAAUUAGACGGACAUGUUGAAAAAUCAGAGUUCCCCUAUAAUAACGCUGGUCAAUAUGUGACUCAUGCUGAAAUGUGUUGGGUUGACUUUUGUCCUUUUGUCUGUAAACCCUGAUAUAAUAAAAGCCUUUUCAUUUCUAGAA